AUGGUUAGAUACUUCUUGCUAUUUUUAGCUCUAUCUUGCUUUGCCCAAGAAGCAACUGAAGAACCUACACAAUCGCAAGAAACCCUUGAUGAAGAAGUGCCCCUUCCUCCAGCUGAGUCAUCAGAAGCUUCUGAUUUGGAUAUAGAAGGAUUUGAUGAGACUGAUGCAGAAAAACAUGAAUUCCAAGCAGAUGUUUCUAGAGUCAUGGACAUUUUCAUCCACUCUCUAUACACCCAUAGCUGCCCACUCAAGACUAAAGCCUCAAGGAGGAGACAGAAGGUACUCGUAUGAGGGAUAGACCUCUAGGCUGGAGUCGAAAAGUGGUAGAGCCUCCGUACAAGAAGUCUUUGGUGACUACGUCACCAAUAUAGCUAACGCCUGACUUUAAUAAUCCUAAUUAUCCUCUAUACACCCAUAAAGAUAUUUUCCUCAGAGAAACUAUUUCAAAUGGCUCAGAUGCAUUAGACAAGAUAAGAUAUCUCGCAAUUACUGAUGACACAGUUCUUGGAGAUAAAAAAGACCUUGAACUUUUCAUAGAAUACGAUAAAGAAGCCAGAACUGUAAGUGUCACUGACACAGGCAUCGGGAUGACCAAAGACGACCUCAUCAAGCAUCUCGGAACCAUCGCCAAGUCUGGCACCACCCAAUUCGUCGAAGCUCUCUCAGCAGGCACUGAUAUAAACCUAAUCGGUCAAUUCGGCGUCGGUUUUUAUAGCAAUUUCUUAGUUGCUGAACAAAUUAUUGUGACAAGCAAGCAUAACGACGAUUCCCAGCACAUCUGGAUGUCCAGGGCAGGAAACACCUUUAGCGUAAUCGAAGACCCUCGUGGGAACACCCUUGGAAGAGGAACCAGAGUCACCAUCAAGCUAAAACAAGACGCUCUUGACUUCGUCGACGAAGAAAUUUUAAGAAAAACAGUCAGAAAAUACUCUGAGUUCGUCCAAUACCCUAUUUAUUUAAGAGUAAAAAAAGACGUCUCUAAAGAAGUCGAAGACGAAGACUCCCAAGAUGAAGAAAAAUCAAAAAUCGUCAGAGAAAAAGUCUGGCAAUGGGAAAGAGUCAACGAAAACAAGCCGAUUUGGCUGAGAGAAGACGUUUCUGACGAAGAAUACUCCAGUUUUUAUAAAAGCUUAACUAAAGAUUCUAAAGACCCAAUGAGCUGGAUUCAUUUUACAGCAGAAGGAGAGGUAGAAUUCAGAGCUUUGCUAUAUAUUCCUAAGACUUCUAGCUCAGAUUUAUUUAGAAAUUAUUAUUCGCAGGCAGCGCCAAUCAAGCUCUAUGUGAAAAGAGUUAUGAUUACUGAAGAUUUCCAAGAAUUAGUCCCAAGAUACCUAAGCUUUAUCAGAGGAGUCGUCGAUUCUGAUGAUUUGCCGCUAAAUGUGGCCAGAGAAAAUAUCCAGCAUACUAAAAUAUUGAAACUUCUUAAUACUAAAAUAACCAGAAAAAUCUUGCAAGAACUUCAAGAAAUGGCUGAUGAAGGAGCAGACGAAGAUGGCUUCAAUGAAUAUAUAUAAUUUGUUGGCCAUUUUGCUUAUAGCCUUUUAAAAUUAGACACCGGAUGCAACAAAAAAAAUAAAUUAUAAGGAAAAUUUCCACUGUAAAAUAGAAUUUUUCAAAGAAUUCGGAAAACAUAUAAAACUUGGCCUUAUGGAAGACGGCAAAAAUAAAGCCAGACUUUCCAAGCUUUUAAGGUUCUACAGCACUUAUAAUCUUAAUGAACUGACAAGCCUUGAUGAUUAUAUCGGCAGAAUGAAGGAAGGACAAGAAGACAUCUUUUUCAUUGCAGGAGAUGACAAAGUUAAGCUUGACCAGUCACCACUUAUCCAGAAACUUAAAAAGCGUGGCUAUGAAGUUUUAAUUUUAGAUGACCCUAUUGACGAAUAUGCUGUAAAUUCAUUACACGAAUACGAAAAAAUGCAUUUACAAAACGUAGGAAUUGACGAAUGGAGCCUUCCUGAAGAAAAUGAAGAAGACGCUAGGAAAAAAGAAAAAAAGCUUAAAAAAUAUUACUAUGUACUUACAGAUUGGCUUAGAGGACUAAUCCCGAACAAAGUAAACACUGUCACUAUCAGCAGCAAGCUAGAUGAUGAGCCAAGCAUUGUGACGACUGGAGACUCUGGGCAGUCAGCGAACAUGGAAAGAAUCAGCAAGCACCAAGCUUUUGGCAAAAAAGACCAGUCAGCGUAAGUUUUUAUAUAGUUAUGAGCCAAUGAAAAAAAUUUGGGAACUUAACCCAGCACACCCAAUGGUCAAAAAAAUGAACGAAUGGGCAAAUGUAAGGACUAUUUAGCUUUUACCAAAUGAUAUGGAGCUGAGAGACCUAGCAGCUAUGAUGUAUGAUAUUUCGCUGAUUCAGUCAGGAUUUUUCGUUUCUGACCCAAGAGAUUUCUAUCAAAAAGUUCAAUGGAUGAUUGCACAAGAUAUUGGAAUUGAUCCUAAAGCUCCUUAUAAAGAGCCAGACGUAGAGGUGGAGAUGCCACAGGAUGAAGAUGUUGAAAGCUUAGAUGAAUAA